UCGCCACGCUGCCCCUCUUUUAUCAAUUGCUCCCCUCUGCCCUUUUUCACUUCGGAUCAAUAAAUCAGCAAGAAGAGGGGGAAUAAAAUAAAAAAAAAUGGAAAAAAAGCAAAGCAAGAGGAAGACGAGUCCAUCUCUCGCAAAUCUCUGCAUCGAAUCUGCGAGCUCCAGCAGAGAGAUCGUCGAGACAUGGCGACGUCAGAAGCGAACCCUGGAGCGCCUCCCCUCCCACCUCGCCGACGCCCUCUUCCGCCGCCUCCGCCACCGCCGCCUCCUCUACCCUUCCCUCCUCGAGGUUUUCCAGCAUUGCGUUGAAGAGGUUGAUCUGAGUGGGGAGAGCAGUGUGGAUGCUGAGUGGAUGGCUUAUUUGGGGGGAUUUCGGAAUCUUCGAAUUUUGAAGCUUUCGGAUUGCAGGAGUUUGAAUAAUCAUGCUCUUUGGCCUGUUACAGGUAUCAAUUUCUAAAUUAAAUUGUGGUAUUUUUUUAUGUGCUUUUUACCUAUAUACUCUCAAAUCAACCAUAACCGCGAAUUUACCUUCUAAAUCUAAAUAUUUGCCAGUUUAUGGCAAUUCUAAUGGGUUAUGUUAAAAAACUAACGAUCUUUAAGUUUGGGGUAUUUCACUAAGUAUGGUUGAAUUGGGGGUAAAUUUAGAAGACAUCUAGAUUUGAGGGGUAAUGCAGAUAUGGUUGAUUUGGGGGUAUAUAGGUGAAAAAAAUCUUUUAUCCUAUUGGACUAUUUUUUUUCCUCUUCAAAUUUUCAUUGGGUGUUCUGUAAAAGUUUGUGCUUUAAAUAGGAAAGGUUUCGCUUGUGCUAACAAGCAACCAGGCUUGCCUAUUGUGGGGGUUUACAUUUUAAUUGCUUUGUGCUGGGUUUGUUCUCCUUCAUUGUGACAGUUUCUAGCUUCGAAUGGAUUUGAAAACCUUUGAUACUAUGUAUUCCGUGCUUACAUUGAAUCCUUAUCAUAAUCUUUUAAUAAAAGAUGUUCAAAAUAGCUGAAAAGUCUGAAUUCUGUAGUCCUUUUUGGAGCACUAAGUGAGAGCAUUAGGUGAGUUUACUGCUAUGUUAAGUCUCUUGGGUACUCCAUGCUAUUUAACUGUUAAUCUAAUUCAUUUAUGCGUAUACAUUUUACUGAAAAUUGCACAAGCUUAGCUUCAUUCUUAGGUUGCUUCUCAGAUACAGAACUGCAAAUAUUGUCCAAUAGUUAAAUUAUAAAUUUUAUGUAGAUGAUAAAAUUUUAAACAUUGAAAGGUAGUUGAGCGAUAUAUUUAAAUUCAUUAUGCGUGAUGGUUUGAGUAUUUGGAAUACACACACAAGGUAAAUGGUUAGUAUUGUUAAAAUUGGAAAAAAUUUAUUCCAAAUUCUUUUGUUUCCAUCCAAUCAUCCCUUUGUAUUUGGAAUUUGGGCAUGUUGAAAGUGGGUCCUUCAUCUCAAACCUAUGCAUGUGAGGAAGGUUGAUGCAA